GAAAAACGAUCACAAAAGCUCACCCUGUCACUUUGUGACAGGUGAGCUUAAAAGGCAAGGCAGAGUUAUGGUUCUUCAGCAAUGCACUUCUACCCAAUGAGACCUAUCUUCCUACAAAGUUUCAUGUUGAUAUCUCUUAUAAUUUAAGAGUAAUGUCCCGGUCAAAGUUCAAAGUGUCAAAAUGAACAAAGGGCAAUGACUCCAAAAUUAGGCAAGACAGAGUUAUGGUUCUUUAACAAUGCACUUCUACUCAAUGAGAUCUAUCUACCUACAAAGUUUCAUGUUGAUAUCUCUCAUACUUUUAGAGUUAUGUCCCGGACAAAGUUUGAGUGUAAAAAUAAACAAAGGGCAAUUAUUCAAAAAUUAGGCAUGGCAGAGUUAUGGUUCUUGUGCACUGCAAACCUACUCAAUGAGAUCUAUCUACCUACAGGGUUUCAUGUUGAUACCUCUUAUAGUUUAAGAGUUAUGUCCUGGACAAUGUUCAAAGUGUAAAAAUAAACAAAGGGCAAUAAUUCAAAAUUUAGGCAAGGCAGAGUUACGGUUCUUGUGCACUGCACACCUACUCAAUGAGAUCUAUCUACCUACAAAGUUUCAUGUUGAUACCUCUUAUACUUUUAGAGUUAUGUCCUGGACAAAGUUCAAAGUGUAAAAAUAAACAAACUUAUCAAAGGGAGAUAAAAAAUGUCAGAUAUAAACUAACUGCACAACAGAGUUAUCUUCAUAAGAGGAAGUUAAAAAUAAAUCCAGAGAAACCCAAUUAGUAGCAACUGGGAAAUUCCUGAAAAAAGUGGGGUUUUUUUGUUUUGCUUUUUAAAUAUUGAAAAUCUAGUGACUUCAUGAUCUUUAAUCUUCUGCAGAUAUAAACAAACAGAAUGUAUCAAGUACCAGAUUACAACCAGACUGUGUCAAUGAAGCUAUCAGAGGUUCUGGCUGAUAUAGGUGUUGAUGAGAGAAUAGUGAUGAAGAGGAGAAGAACAUGGCUUCUGAUGGAAUCAAUACAAAAUAUAACUCUCCAACAACUUAAUAGAAAUGAUUCAGCAUACAUUUUUGGGAGUCAAUCAGAAGGUACAACUACAAUAGAUUUGCAAUCAGACCUAGAUCAUAUAUAUUGCAAUAAAGACCUCCCUAUAAUCCAAGACUGGAGUGACUGGAUACCUGGUGUAAAUAAUCUGUUGAUGAUUCAAGAUAAUUCUAUAUCUCCUGGAUAUUGUUUACUUCAACGUCUGAGAUCUGAUGCUCCUCUUCCUGAAGAUGGUGAAUCUAAUCAAUACUUAUUCAAAGACAGAACAGGAAAAUUACUUUUAAAGAAUUUUAUAGUAUCUUUACUCAAUAUAAACCUUGAAAUACAUGGGCCAGCAGGUUUUCAACAAGGACAACAAGGCUUGAGUGAUAUAGAUUUUGUGUAUGCUCUACAUUGUACAACAUGGCCACAACAAGCUAGACAAUGGUUGGAUCAGCAAGGUGAAGGUCAAUGGCCAUCUGCUGAAAUGAAACAAUAUUGCAGCAGAACUGGAUGCUUUGUUGUUGGUGUUGGAUGUAGAGGCAGUGAACAUGAGCAAGUUGAAUGGAGAAUAUCAACAUCUUUAGCAGAAAGGUGUUUAAUGUUCAACCUGAAUAUUAUACAGAUUCGCUGUUAUGUCUUGAUGAAAAUUAUUUCAAAAACAUUUAUAAAUCCACUGUUUAAAGAUGUUAUUACAAGUUUUAUGUGUAAAACUGUACUCUUCCAUUGUAUUUCCAAUACACAUAAUAACAUCUGGAGAGAAAAUAACUUACUUUCUUGUCUAUCACUGUGUUUAUAUCUCCUGUACAACAAUAUCAUUUAUGAAAAUUGUCCACAUUUUAUCAUAACUGGGAACAAUUUAAUGAGGGGGAAAAUUUCACCUGCAGUCAAACCAUACAUCCUGGAAAUAUUAAGCAAUAUCAUCAACAGUGCAGGAGUGGCAAUUCUUGGGAUUAAAUGUGAUGAUCUUGGUUCCAGGCUUCAACACAAGUUUUAUAAUUUAUGUACAAUCAAGACAAGUGACAUUAUUUCAGAAUCACUGUUAUUUAGUCUAGCUGUACAUAUAUAUAUGACACUGAAAAAAAUUAAUCAUCAUCUUAAGGACAGUACAUGUAGUCCUAAUGAAGCUGUAGAAAUAUUAAAGAACUAUGUAUCGAAGACAAUCAACUGUCAAUAUGAAGGAUUAGAUAAGACAGCCAGUCAUCUUCUGUUACCAUGGUAUUGUACAACACUUGGAUCUGUCCUGGCUUCACUAAACAUCUAUCAUUACAACACUGUAUCAGCAGAUGCCCUCAAACUCAUCUCACUUGGUCUGAAUACAGAUGUUGCAUCAAGUAAACUGAAACUAGCUUCAAUUCUAUAUUGUGUACAAGAAAUACAAAAAGCUGACACAGUACUCAGUGAGAUUGAAAGAAGAUAUGAUCUACAAAUUGUUGAGCCUGUCUGUAGUUGUUAUCAAUUUGAGAGGGAACUAUCUAGACAAGGAUUCUUUGAUUUAUGUGACAAUCAUAAUGAAGAAGACUUACAGUAUAUAACAGCAUCAUGUGUUAGAUAUCUGCAAUGUGAAAUUCACUGUGUACCAACUGAACUCAGAUAUGAAAUGUUUAGAUCUACACAAGAGGACAGAAUGUUUCGUACAGAAGAAGACAACAAUUGGAUGGAUUGUGCUGUGGUGGAUUCCCUCCCUUACCUCUACUUUCUACAGUACAAAGUUCACAGCCAUUUAGGAAGACAUGACCAGAAACAAGCUGUUCUCUUCAAACUUAUCAGAACCAUAAAAGAGGAGCCAAACCUUGGACAUCGGGAAACAGCUCUAAAUCUUCUAGGAAAAUGCAUCUAAAUCUUCUAGGAAAAUGCAUGGAACAGGAAGGUAGAGCUGGAGAUGCUUUACAGUGUUAUUGGAAGUCACUUAAUAUAAGGGGGAGAAAUAAUGCUGCAAAGAUUCAUAUCACCACACUCU